AUGGUGGUUUUACGACCAGGGGAGGAGUUAACGGACAGGGAUGAAUUAAUACUUCAAGCGCAGUUGGCGGAAGAGGCUGAGAGAUACGAUGAUAUGAUGAAGUUUAUGACAGACGCGGUGAAAUUACACUCUAAGUUAAACCAAGAAGAGAGGCGGCUGCUUUACCAUGGUUUCAGAAACGCAGCUGGAAUUAGACGAACGUCAAUCUUUGUGCUAAAGAACUCGGAGGAUGUCGAAAUUGACAAAGGAAAAGUGCAGGCUUAUGUGGAUAACAUCAACCACGAAGUAUGGGGUAUAUGUAAGUGUAUUAUUGAACUACUAGACCAACAUAUCAUACCUGCUAAUGACACAAAGGACGACAGAGCGUUUUAUUUGAAAAUGAAAGCUGAUUACUAUCGCUACAUGGCUGAAAUAGAGAGAGAUAACGGUGACGUGAUAGAUAAUGCACAGACAGCGUAUACACAAGGUCUGUUUGAGGCCGAGAACUCGUUGCCACCUAUGGACCAAACGAGACUUGCUCUUGUGUUGAAUUUAAGUGUGUUUUGUCACGAUAUUCUCGGGGAUACUGAGGAGGCGUGUUGCAUCGUUGAAUCAACUUUAGACGAUCUGUCAGGGCGGGAGGAGUUCUGUCCACCUGAAAGUGUGAUACCUUUACAUAUGCUGAGAGAUAAUCUGCAAUUGUGGACACAGGAAACUGCGGAAAGUGAGGAUGAAUUAGUGUUAUCAUUGAGAUAG